AUGACCAUUCCCCAAAGGAACUCUGUUUCCUAUGUGCGGUAUGAAUCUUGCUUUGACCGGGAGCUGAUUGGUCCGGCUAUGUAUUUCGGACAUAUGGGUGAUGGACAGCCAAUCGGACGCUACGACGACAUGUGGGCUGGUUGGUGUGUCAAGGUGAUAUGUGACCACAUGGGAUGGGGAGUGAAGACAGGUUUGCCAUACAUAUGGCACAGCAAAGCCAGCAACACACUCGUGAACCUGAGGAAGGAAUACAAUGGAAUCUUCUGGCAGGAAGAAGCGAUUCCUUUCUUUCAGUCUGUGACUCUACCUAAAGAGUGCACUUCUGUGCAGCAAUGCUACAUUGAGAUGGCUAAGCUUGUGAAAGAGAAACUUGGAAAGGUGGACCCUUACUUCAUCAAGCUUGCAGAUGGAAUGGUCACUUGGAUCGAAGCUUGGGAUGAGAUUAACUCUCCAGACGGAGCUAAGGCCAAGGCACCAGUCGGAAAAGAUAAGUAA